AUGCCUCUCGGCUUGUAUGGGCUUGUUCUACGGUUGAUGGGCUACAAGGAGAGUUCGUGUGCAGGGGGCCGCGACCCAGAGCUCAUUCAUAGACGCACGCCACUACUGAAUAGAGGGUGUGGUUCUGUCGAUAUCCGUUUGUUCGGGUCCAAAGAGGGGCCUCUUGGGGUCAGUACGACUCCUCACCUACCAUCCUACCUGCCGUUGUUCCAGAGCGUCUCCGAGCAGAUCUUUUGA